AUAUAAUUAGUAAUAUCCUUUAUUUAUAUUCCUUGACUAUUCUGCGUAUGUUAAUUUAAUUAGUUUGGUGAAUUUCGGUAUAAAAGCAAACAUCAAAUUGUGAUGUCAUUUUAUACCAAUUGCGAUACAAACAAAAAACAAAACCAAUUUUUAAAAAAUACAAACAGUGUGAGAAUUGACAAACAAUAAUAUUAGUAGGCAUGCAGCAAGUUAAUGUCAACAAAUUACAUUACAAUUUUGUAUAUCGCUACUGAAUCAUCCGUUUCUUGUGUUUACAAUUAAUUAAUAAUUAGUGACAGAGUCACUCGGCGGGUCGACUCUGUAUAAAUAUCAAUCUUCUCCUGCAUUUUGGCAGCGAUGGUCGUCUGAAAUACCAUCAUGAAUUUAAUUAAUUUUAUUUUCCACUGUCUUUUGUUUUCUUUUUGUUUCUGUGAUAUCAGUGUUGAAAAGAAGGAAAAGUUUCUGAAUGGUUUCGUUGACUAUUUGAAUAACUUGCCGAAUCACCUGUAUGUUUAUGAAGAUGGGGUACUUUUAAAUGCGCAAAAGACGGGUGAAAAUUUCUACAAGAUUGAAACAAGACUCAAAGCAAGCGAGACUCACAAUGUUGAAGUGUACAAGUAUGUGAAAUGUUCAUGUACUGUGGUAGAUUUAGAAAAUGGAGUGACUGUACAGGACAAUGAGUAUAACUGUGAGGAUGUUGAGCCGGAGACGAGGGAUGGGACUGUGGCUGGGAACCUAGAGGAGGCAGUUGUAGACUCAACUGCUAGCACUGUGGAACCACCAGUUCAUAAACCUGUACAUCUUGACAAUGAAGUCAGGCCCAAUACUGAGGCUACAUCAGGAGAGCAAUUCGUUGCAAUACCACGAGAAGAACCUGUUCAUCGUGAUGACGUAGGUUGUAUAGGUUGCGGAUCUCAUAUAGAUCCACAAGCCGCGGGUGUAAAUGAUUUAGCUGUCAUAGGUGUGAAGCAACUUGAUAGUCAUGAACCUACAAUUAGACACAGCCUUAACAGCGUUAUUGAUGUUGAAAGACAAGUUCAGGUGGUGAAUGGUGUUCGAUAUAUACUCACGGUAACUGUGGACUACAAUAAUUGUACAUCUGAUGCGGAUGAGACUUGUUCUUUCACUGUGCCAUGCAAGAUUUCGAUACUAGAAAAACCGUGGAUAAAAUUACCUAAUGGAUCAAAGUAUAGAGCAGUUGUAGCUAAUAACUGUACUGAUAAGUGGCUUUUUGGUGAUGAUGGGGAACUAAUACCCGAAAGGCCUGAUGCAAAUAAAGAAAACAAUAAUAUUGAUAUUAAUCCAAAUAAUGAUCGAGACAAAACUGUUGACUCCAUUAAGCCUACUCCUGAUUAUGAUAAAAUUGCAAAUACGGGAUCUGCUGAUGAUAUUCUCAAGGCUAUACAUAGUAGUGAUUUACAAUCAAAACAAGAACAAAAAGUAUUGUCUGAAGAUGAAAUAAAAAAAUUAGAGGAACAAAUUAUUCCCUAUAAUGAAUUGCAAAUAUCUACUGAACCUUAUGAUGUCAUAACAGAAAAAUCUGAUAUUUCUGAUAUUUACAAACAACAUACUAUUGGAGUGGAAAAUGCGAAACACAGCGAUAAUUCCAAAACAGAUGAAUAUGCACCUAAAUCUUUAACACAAGAUCAGAAAAAGGCUAUAGAUGAUUUAAUAAAUUUUUUCGAAUUUGCUGGCAUCAAUUCUAAUGCAAAUACUGGAAGUAAUUUUCAUAGAAUGAAAAGAAGUUAUGACCAUGAUUUGCAAUCUUUUGACAAUAAAUCAAGGGUUAAGAGACAAAAGGGCGAACAAAAAGAAAAGGAUCCUAGUGACCAGGAUGAAAUAUUAGACGGAGGAAUAUUUGACCAAGACGCAAGCGACCCUCACUAUAAAAGAUUAGCAGAGGAAUGUUUACAAAAAUAUCUUCAAACGUCUGGAAGUACCCAACACCAUGAAGUCGUAAAAGUGGAUAAAGUGACUAAACAGCUUGUAGCUGGAUUGUUGACGAGAAUCGACUUCACGAUAUCUGUGACUACUUGCCAGUUAGAUGAACACGGUAAACCGACUUCUACUAAUUGCGUAAUAUUUAAUUCAGCGGAUGUUAAGAAAUGCCACUCAGAAAUUUGGGAACGAGCUUGGCUCAACAAAACAGACAUAGACGUAACUUGUGAAAUUACAGGUCAGAAUAUUCGGGGGAAAAGACAAACCAUGCCUGGAGGACUCUCAGACCAAGAUUCAAGCGAUCCUCAGUAUAAAAGAUUAGCAGAGGAAUCUUUACAAAAAUAUCUUCUAACGUCUGGAAGUACCCAACACCAUGAAGUCGUAAAAGUCGAUAAAGUGACUACACAAGUUGUAGCUGGUUCUUUGACAAGAAUCGACUUCACAAUAUCUCCGACUACUUGCCAAUUAGACAAGCACGGUAAACCGACUUCUACUAAUUGCGUAAUAUUGAAUUCGGCAGAUGUAAAGAAAUGCCACUCGAAAAUUAUUGAACAGAGUUGGCUUAACAAAAAAGAUAUAGAUGUCACUUGUGAAACAACGAAUCAGAAUAAUAGAGGGAAAAGACAAACUAUACCUGGAGGACUCUCAGAUCAAGACCCGAGCGAUCCUCAGUAUAAAAGAUUAGCAGAGGAAUCUUUGCAGAAAUAUCUUCUAACAUCUGGAAGUACCCAACACCAUGAAGUCGUAAAAGUCGAUAAAGUGACUACACAAGUUGUAGCUGGAUCGUUGACGAGAAUCGACUUCACGAUAUCUCCGACUACUUGCCAGUUAGAUAAGCACGGUAAACCGAUUUCUACUAAUUGCGUAAUAUUGAAUUCGGCCGAUGUUAAAAAAUGUCACUCAGAAGUUAUUGAACAAAGCUGGCUUAACAAAAAAGACAUACAUGUAAAUUGUGAAAUUACAGGUCAGAAUAUUAGAGAGAAAAGACAAACCAUACCUGGGGGACUCUCAGAACAGGAUCCAAGCGAUCCUCAGUAUAAAAGAUUAGCAGAGGAAUCUUUGCAGAAAUAUCUUCUAACAUCUGGAAGUACCCAACACCAUGAAGUCGUAAAAGUCGAUAAAGUGACUACACAAGUUGUAGCUGGAUCGUUGACGAGAAUCGACUUCACGAUAUCUCCGACUACUUGCCAGUUAGAUAAGCACGGUAAAUCGACUUCUACUAAUUGCGUAAUAGUGAAUUCGGCGAAUGUUAAAAAAUGUCACUCAGAAAUCUGGGAACAAGCCUGGCUCCACAAAAAAGACAUAAACAUAACUUGUGAAAUUACAGAUCAGAAUAUUAGGGGAAAAAGACAAACCAUACCUGGAGGACUCUCAGACCAAGAUCCAAGCGAUCCUCAGUAUAAAAGAUUAGCAGAGGAAUCUUUGCAGAAAUAUCUUCUAACGUCUGGAAGUACCCGACACCAUGAAGUCGUAAAAGUCGAUAAAGUAACCACACAAGUUGUAGCUGGUUCUUUGACAAGAAUCGACUUCACGAUAUCCCCGACUACUUGCCAGUUAGAUAAGCACGGUAAACCGACUUCUAGUAAUUGCGUAAUAUUGAAUUCAGCGGAUGUUAAAAAAUGUCACUCAGAAAUUAUUGAACAAAGUUGGCUCAACAAAAAAGAUAUAGAUGUCACUUGUGAAACUACAAGUCAGAAUGAUAGGGGGAAAAGACAAAGUACACUCGGAGGACUCUCAGACCAAGAUCCAAGCGAUCCUCGGUAUAAAAGAUUAGCAGAGGAAUCUUUGCAGAAAUAUCUUCUUACAUCUGGAAGUACCCAACACCAUGAAGUCGUAAAAGUCGAUAAAGUGACUACACAAGUUGUAGCUGGAUCGUUGACGAGAAUCGACUUCACGAUAUCUCCGACUACUUGCCAGUUAGAUAAGCACGGUAAACCGACUUCUACUAAUUGCGUAAUAUUGAAUUCGGCCGAUGUUAAAAAAUGUCACUCGGAAGUUAUUGAACAAAGUUGGCUUAACAAAAAAGAUAUAGAUGUAAGUUGUGAAAUGAUAAGUCAGAAUUAUAGGGGAAAAAGACAUAACGUACGUGGAGGACUCUCAGAUCAAGACCCGAGCGAUCCUCAGUAUAAAAGAUUAGCAGAGGAAUCUUUACAAAAAUAUCUUCAAAUGUCUGGAAGUACCCAACACUAUGAAGUCGUAAAAGUCGAUAAAGUGACUAAACAGGUUGUAGCUGGUUCAUUGACGAGAAUCGACUUCACAAUAUCCCCGACUACUUGCCAGUUAGAUAAGCACGGUAAACCGACUUCUAGUAAUUGCGUAAUAUUGAAUUCGGCCGAUGUUAAAAAAUGUCACUCGGAAGUUAUUGAACAAAGUUGGCUUAACAAAAAAGACAUAGACGUAUCUUGUGAAAUUACAGGUCAGAAUAUUAGGGAGAAAAGACAAACCAUACCUGGAGGACUCUCAGAUCAAGACCCGAGCGAUCCUCAGUAUAAAAGAUUAGCAGAGGAAUCUUUACAGAAAUAUCUUCUAACAUCUGGAAGUACCCAACACCAUGAAGUCGUAAAAGUCGAUAAAGUGACUACACAAGUUGUAGCUGGUUCUUUGACAAGAAUCGACUUCACGAUAUCCCCGACUACUUGCCAGUUAGAUAAGCACGGUAAACCGACUUCUAGUAAUUGCGUAAUAUUGAAAUCAGCGGAUGUUAAAAAAUGUCACUCAGAAAUUAUUGAACAGAGUUGGCUCAACAAAAAAGAUAUAGAUGUCACUUGUGAAACUACAAGUCAGAAUGAUAGGGGAAAAAGACAAAGUACAUUUGGAGGACUCUCAGAACAAGAUUCAAGCGAUCCUCGGUAUAAAAGAUUAGCAGAGGAAUCUUUGCAGAAAUAUCUUCUAAUGUCUGGAAGUACCCAACACCAUGAAGUCGUAAAAGUCGAUAAAGUGACUACACAAGUUGUAGCUGGUUCUUUGACGAGAAUCGACUUCACGAUAUCUCCGACUACUUGCCAGUUAGAUAAGCACGGUAAACCGACUUCUACUAAUUGCGUAAUAUUGAAAUCAGCGGAUGUUAAAAAAUGUCACUCAGAAAUUAUUGAACAGAGUUGGCUCAACAAAAAAGAUAUAGAUGUCACUUGUGAAACUACAAGUCAGAAUGAUAGGGGAAAAAGACAAAGUACAUUUGGGGGACUCUCAGACCAAGAUUCAAGCGAUCCUCGAUAUAAAAGAUUAGCAGAGGAAUCUUUGCAGAAAUAUCUUCUUACAUCUGGAAGUACCCAACACCAUAAAGUCGUAAAAGUCGAUAAAGUGACUACACAAGUUAUAGCUGGUUCAUUGACGAGAAUCGACUUCACAAUAUCCCCGACUACUUGCCAGUUAGAUAAGCACGGUAAACCGACUUCUAGUAAUUGCGUAAUAUUGAAUUCGGCCGAUGUUAAAAAAUGUCACUCGGAAGUUAUUGAACAAAGUUGGCUUAACAAAAAAGAUAUAGAUGUAAGUUGUGAAAUGAUAAGUCAGAAUUAUAGGGGAAAAAGACAUAACGUACGUGGAGGACUCUCAGAUCAAGACCCAAGCGAUCCUCAGUAUAAAAGAUUAGCAGAGGAAUCUUUACAGAAAUAUCUUCUAACGUCUGGAAGUACCCAACACCAUGAAGUCGUAAAAGUCGAUAAAGUGACUACACAAGUUGUAGCUGGAUCGUUGACGAGAAUCGACUUCACGAUAUCCCCGACUACUUGCCAGUUAGAUAAGCACGGUAAACCGACUUCUAGUAAUUGCGUAAUAUUGAAUUCAGCGGAUGUUAAAAAAUGUCACUCAGAAAUUAUUGAACAAAGUUGGCUCAACAAAAAAGAUAUAGAUGUCACUUGUGAAACUACAAGUCAGAAUUAGGGGAAAAGACAAAGUACACUCGGAGGACUCUCAGACCAAGAUCCAAGCGAUCCUCGGUAUAAAAGAUUAGCAGAGGAAUCUUUGCAGAAAUAUCUUCUUACAUCUGGAAGUACCCAACACCAUGAAGUCGUAAAAGUCGAUAAAGUGACUACACAAGUUGUAGCUGGAUCGUUGACGAGAAUCGACUUCACGAUAUCUCCGACUACUUGCCAGUUAGAUAAGCACGGUAAACCGACUUCUACUAAUUGCGUAAUAUUGAAAUCAGCGGAUGUUAAAAAAUGUCACUCAGAAAUUAUUGAACAGAGUUGGCUCAACAAAAAAGAUAUAGAUGUCACUUGUGAAACUACAAGUCAGAAUGAUAGGGGAAAAAGACAAAGUACAUUUGGAGGACUCUCAGAACAAGAUUCAAGCGAUCCUCGGUAUAAAAGAUUAGCAGAGGAAUCUUUGCAGAAAUAUCUUCUUACAUCUGGAAGUACCCAACACCAUGAAGUUGUAAAAGUCGAUAAAGUGACUACACAGGUUAUAGCUGGUUCAUUGACGAGAAUCGACUUCACAAUAUCCCCGACUACUUGCCAGUUAGAUAAGCACGGUAAACCGACUUCUAGUAAUUGCGUAAUAUUGAAUUCGGCCGAUGUUAAAAAAUGUCACUCGGAAGUUAUUGAACAAAGUUGGCUUAACAAAAAAGAUAUAGAUGUAAGUUGUGAAAUGAUAAGUCAGAAUUAUAGGGGAAAAAGACAUAACGUACGUGGAGGACUCUCAGAUCAAGACCCGAGCGAUCCUCAGUAUAAAAGAUUAGCAGAGGAAUCUUUACAAAAAUAUCUUCAAAUGUCUGGAAGUACCCAACACUAUGAAGUCGUAAAAGUCGAUAAAGUGACUAAACAGGUUGUAGCUGGUUCAUUGACGAGAAUCGACUUCACGAUAUCUCCGACUACUUGCCAGUUAGAUAACUACGGUAAACCGACUUCUACUAAUUGCGUAAUAUUGAAUUCGGCGAAUAUAAAAAAAUGUCACUCAGAAAUCUGGGAACAAGCCUGGCUCAACAAAAAAGACAUAAACAUAACUUGUGAAAUUACAGGUCAGAAUAUUAGGGAGAAAAGACAAACCAUACCUGGAGGACUCUCAGAUCAAGACCCGAGCGAUCCUCACUAUAAAAGAUUAGCAGAGGAAUCUUUGCAGAAAUAUCUUCUAACAUCUGGAAGUACCCAACACCAUGACGUCGUAAAAGUCGAUAAAGUGACUACACAAGUUGUAGCUGGUUCUUUGACAAGAAUCGACUUCACGAUAUCCCCGACUACUUGCCAGUUAGAUAAGCACGGUAAACCGACUUCUAGUAAUUGCGUAAUAUUGAAAUCAGCGGAUGUUAAAAAAUGUCACUCGGAAGUUAUUGAACAAAGUUGGCUUAACAAAAAAGACAUAGACGUAUCUUGUGAAAUUACAGGUCAGAAUAUUAGGGAUAAAAGACAAACCAUACCUGGAGGACUCUCAGAUCAAGACCCGAGCGAUCCUCACUAUAAAAGAUUAGCAGAGGAAUCUUUGCAGAAAUAUCUUCUAACAUCUGGAAGUACCCAACACCAUGAAGUCGUAAAAGUCGAUAAAGUGACUACACAAGUUGUAGCUGGUUCUUUGACGAGAAUCGACUUCACGAUAUCUCCGACUACUUGCCAGUUAGAUAAGCACGGUAAAUCGACUUCUACUAAUUGCGUAAUAGUGAAUUCGGCGAAUGUUAAAAAAUGUCACUCAGAAAUUAUUGAACAGAGUUGGCUCAACAAAAAAGAUAUAGAUGUCACUUGUGAAACUACAAGUCAGAAUGAUAGGGGGAAAAGACAAAGUACACUCGGAGGACUCUCAGACCAAGAUCCAAGCGAUCCUCAGUAUAAAAGAUUAGCAGAGGAAUCUUUGCAGAAAUAUCUUCUAACGUCUGGAAGUACCCAACACCAUGAAGUUGUAAAAGUCGAUAAAGUGACUACACAAGUUGUAGCUGGUUCUUUGACAAGAAUCGACUUCACGAUAUCUCCGACUACUUGCCAGUUAGAUAAGCACGGUAAACCGACUUCUAGUAAUUGCGUAAUAUUGAAUUCAGCGAAUGUUAAAAAAUGUCACUCAGAAAUUAUUGAACAAAGUUGGCUCAACAAAAAAGAUAUAGAUGUCACUUGUGAAACUACAAGUCAGAAUGAUAGGGGGAAAAGACAAAGUACACUCGGAGGACUCUCAGACCAAGAUCCAAGCGAUCCUCGGUAUAAAAGAUUAGCAGAGGAAUCUUUGCAGAAAUAUCUUCUUACAUUUGGAAGUACCCAAUACCAUGAAGUCGUAAAAGUCGGUAAAGUGACUACACAGGUUAUAGCUGGUUCAUUGACGAGAAUCGACUUCACAAUAUCCCCGACUACUUGCCAGUUAGAUAAGCACGGUAAACCGACUUCUACUAAUUGCGUAAUAUUGAAUUCGGCAGAUGUUAAGAAAUGCCACUCGAAAAUUAUUGAACAAAGUUGGGUUAACAAAAAAGAUAUAGAUGUCACUUGUGAAACUACUAAUCAGAAUAAUAGAGGGAAAAGACAAACUACACCUGGAGGACUCUCAGAUCAAGACCCAAGCGAUCCUCAGUAUAAAAGAUUAGCAGAGGAAUCUUUGCAGAAAUAUCUUCUUACAUCUGGAAGUACCCAACACCAUGAAGUCGUAAAAGUCGAUAAAGUGACUACACAAGUUGUAGCUGGUUCAUUGACGAGAAUCGACUUCACGAUAUCUCCGACUACUUGCCUGUUAGAUAAGCACGGUAAACCGACUUCUAGUAAUUGCGUAAUAUUGAAUUCAGCGGAUGUUAAAAAAUGUCACUCAGAAAUUAUUGAACAGAGUUGGCUUAACAAAAAAGACAUAGACAUAACUUGUGAAAUUACAGGUCAGAAUAUUAGGGAGAAAAGACAAACCAUACCUGGGGGACUCUCAGAACAGGAUCCAAGCGAUCCUCAGUAUAAAAGAUUAGCAGAGGAAUCUUUACAGGAAUAUCUUCUAACAUCUGGAAGUACCCAACACCAUGAAGUCGUAAAAGUCGAUAAAGUGACUACACAAGUUGUAGCUGGUUCUUUGACAAGAAUCGACUUCACGAUAUCCCCGACUACUUGCCAGUUAGAUAAGCACGGUAAACCGACUUCUAGUAAUUGCCUAAUAUUGAAUUCGGCGGAUGUUAAAAACUGUCACUCAGAAAUUUGGGAAAGGCCGUGGUUGAAAAGUAAAAAGAUUACAGUAAAUUGUAAUUCGAGAACUAAAAGAGAAUUAAUUCGUAAUUACAAAUUUAAUAUAAGUAAUCCUAAAAUUAAAGGUGGUAGUAAACAACAAGAUCCAACUAAUCCAGAAUAUAAAGCACUUGCGGAAGAUUCUCUACGCCACUAUGAACUUCUGCAAAAAACUGAAAUUGAGCAUAAAGUUGUAGAAGUCAAUAAAGUAACGACACAAAUAGUUUCAGGCAUUAAAUAUAAGAUAGAUUAUACUGCUUCCCCAGCUACAGAUGAGAAAGUGCUUCUUUACUGUCACAGCGAAAUUUGGGAUCGUCCAUGGAUAAAUACAAAAACCUUUGAUGUUUCAUGUUAUAGAGAUGAUGAAAAUGAAAGUAAGAAAGAAAAUAAAAAUGGUGUGAAAAAAUUAUCAAAACGUAGUUUUGGACUAGGCGUUAAAGAAAAACAAGAUAAUAAUAAAAAACAGUAUAAGGACCUUGCUAUGAUCUCAUUAAAUAAGUAUAUGCACUCAUCUAAAACUAAAUAUGCUCAUAAAAUUGUGAAAAUACAUGAGGUUACUGAGCAAGUUGUUGCUGGUAUUGUAAUUAAUAUCGAUUAUUCAAUAUCGCCAACUACUUGUUUAUUAGAAGAACAGGUAAAUAGUAUUAACUGUCCAUUUCAGGAGCCACAAAUAACAUUGCGUUGUUUUGCACAGUUUUGGCGAAGGCCAGGUAUUGAUAUUGCAGAUGAUGUUACAGUACGUUGUAAUGAAAACAAAAAUAAACGUAUAAAACGGAAUAUUGCAUUACGUGAAAAGGGACAAGUUUUAGAUGAUGAUGAAGAUUUUGAUGAGAAUACUAAAUAUUAUUAUGCUGAUCGCGCUGUACAACAUUUAAAUGAACAAUCUGAUACAGAUAAUUUGUAUAAAUUAAUAUCUAUACAUGCUAUACAACAUAGCACCCAUAUGAAAACACCAAUGGUGCGAAUGUAUAUCGAAACAGCAUUAACUUAUUGUUUGCGACAUCAAGACGAUGAUGAUUUAAAUAAAUGUGAUGAAAUGGAAGGACUGAACCAUAGAUUGUGUCAUGUUCGACUAUGGCCGUCAUCUGACGAUGACCUUGUCGUUCAGCAAGUUGUCACAACAUGCGAUGAUGAUGUUAAUUUUGUAAGUGUCACGGGUUUGUCUAUACAAGAAUUGUUAGAAGCCUCUAUUAAAAAUCUGGAGAAAUCUCCUGAUAUCAAAUACAAAAUUGUACAUCAAGGCGAACCUAAUUUAGUCCCUAGUCUAGAUUCAUCGCAACCCAUAAAAAUGAAUUUUAUAAUUGCAUCUACGAAUUGUACAAAAGACAUUGAUAUAAAAACACAUUCGGGAAUGUGCUUUUUAGAUGCCACGAUACCGGCGCAGGCUUGCAAUUCAUUUAUUUGGAUGGUUCCAAAUAGCAAAACCAUUAAGAAAAUAUUUGUCAACUGUGGAACUCCAACCGUAACCAGAAGCAAAAGGUCAAUUUCCUUAGAUCCUAAAAAUGCAACAGCAGAUGAGGUACAAAUCCAAAAAUUAGUAACACAAGCAUUGGAAAAGUUAGAAAUGUCGUCCGUCCAUAGGUAUAAGCAAAGAGUAUUACAAAUUAACAGUUACUCUUCUAAAAUAACAUCGGGUAGAGUGACUACUAUAGAUUUUGAUGUAGGUUACACUUCGUGUUUAAAAUAUGAAUGGGUAGAGAAUAUAGCAACUUGUGAAUUUUUAGAGCAUUUACCAAGAAGACAUUGCGUUGCUAACAUUUGGGAAAGGUUAUGGAUAGAAAAUGGGAAAAAUAUCGAUGUCAAUUGUGAAGAUGAUGAGACACCUCUCGAAGCGCACGUAGAAUUUGAAAGCGCCGAGACCGCCAAGCAGCUAGCAAAUCGGGCUUUAAGGCACAUAGAAGCUAAAUACCCAAAUCCUCGUGAACAAAUAGUAGUGAGAAUUUUCUCGUUAGAAAAGCAGGUUGUUGCCGGCAUUCACUACAGAAUGAAAAUUGAAGUUGGUCUCACUAAUUGUACAGCAUUGACUUAUCAAAAAAAAUGUUCGUUAGAUACUAAUGCAGGAUUAAAUAAGUUUUGCAAAGUAAACGUAUGGCUUCGCCCAUGGACUGAUCAUCCGCCCAACUUCCGCGUUUCUUGCGAUUAUCAAGAUGCUGCAAGUACGGAAAUGUACCGUCACAUACAAGCCGAGCAUUUGUUUUAUGCAUUUUUAGGUAAAUAUAAACCUAAAUAUGUUGAUGAUCCCGUAGAAAUAUUGAAGAGGUUCAAGAUUUUCAAAGAAAAUAUACGUAAGAUUCAUGAACUGAACACACAUGAACUGGGCACUGCAAGGUAUGCAGUGACACGGUUUGCUGACUUGUCCUAUGAAGAAUUUACGACCAAGUAUUUGGGAUUGAAGCCUAGUUUAAGGGACGAAAACCAGAUACCGAUGAGCAAGGCAAAUAUUCCCAAUAUGUCAAUACCAGACAAAUUUGACUGGAGAGAUUUCGACGCUGUGACAGAAGUAAAGGACCAGGGCUCCUGCGGCAGCUGCUGGGCAUUCAGUGUUACAGGAAAUGUGGAGGGCCAGUGGAAGAUGAAGUCAGGCAAACUGUUGUCACUGUCAGAACAAGAGCUGGUGGACUGUGACAAACUUGACGAAGGCUGCAAUGGAGGGUUGCCAGAUAAUGCCUAUAGAGCAAUUGAACAACUUGGCGGGCUGGAGCUAGAGUCGGAUUACCCAUACGAGGGUGCAGACGACAAAUGUGCGUUCAAUAAGACACUAGCCAAGGUGCAAAUCAGCGGCGCCGUGAACAUAUCCUCCAACGAGACUGACAUGGCCAAGUGGCUGGUGCAGAACGGACCUAUAUCUAUUGGUAUAAAUGCAAAUGCGAUGCAGUUCUACGUGGGUGGCAUAUCGCAUCCAUUUAAGAUGCUUUGCAAUCCGAAUAAUUUGGAUCACGGUGUACUUAUCGUUGGGUACGGAGUUAAAGAGUACCCCCUAUUCCACAAGACUCUGCCGUACUGGGUGAUAAAGAACUCGUGGGGCAAGUCAUGGGGCGAGCAGGGAUACUAUCGCGUCUACAGAGGUGACGGUACCUGCGGCCUGAACCUUAUGGCGAGCAGUUCUAUCAUAUAGUAAUCUGCCAAAUGCAUACUGACUAUUAAUUAGAUGCCUUCAAUAAUAAGUACUGGUUAUUCGACCAAAGUGAAACAUUGAUCUGACAGAUCGCAUCAAUUGUAGCGCGGGUUCUUAUUUUAAAUAUGUUUUUUUAUUUUAAUACAAUAAAAUUCUAUUUUUAAAAAUUUUGACAGCUAGUACGUUCAUAUGAUUAAAUGUCAUGUCGCAAUAUUGUAGUAGCAUGAUAGUAUUUUAGUGUCUCGAUACAAAAGGACAAGAAAUGUUCCAUGUUCUUUUGCUUUGAUUUUAAUUAACUUCUAAAACUUAUAAUGACCUUUUUAUAUUCCUUAUUUUCUUUUGCUAGUAUAUUUUAUAUAUUAAGAAUUAAGUAUACCGUAAUUUGCAAUAUUAUUAUAAACUCUUAAAGUUGUACUUUAUUUGUAUUUGUUUAAGGACGAUUUUCGCUUACAGCGAAUUGAUUAUUAUCGUAUUUCAUAUUAUACGUAUGUUUUUAUACACUUGACAAUUCAGUUAGUUUCUAAAUACGUUUACGCUACCGCACGCGUGAGAAAGAAUGAGACGGGUCAUGUGCUCUAUCGGUCUAUUUCAUACAUACAAUGGGUAGUGUAAAUGUAUCUACAUAUAGCUUGACCAUCGAGUCUGUGUCUCAUAUAAAUUACAUUUAUAAAUAUUACUAAAAAAAUUGAUGAUUAAUGCAAUGACGUGAUAAUGGGGCCGAUUCUGUGGUGCAAUUUUUCCAAAUUUACCUCGUGACCUAAUACUUUAAUUUGAUAAUUUAGGGGAACUACUGUCUUACGGACCACUGUACCAUCAUAAACAAAAUUUGUAAUAAUUUGAGCUUAAAUCUAUUAUAAAUUUAGUUCAUAUUGGUACCUGGAAUUUUAAAUUUAGAGAUACGAUUUAGAUGAACAGCACCUCAGAAUCGAGGCUAUUGUAACAAUUUUUUAUGAAAUUCGAUAACGAAACUCGUUCUCAUUAGCAUUGGUUUGAACUAUCUUAUGUGACUAUUUCCAUUCUUCUAUAUUCAUAGAACUAACAUACAUAUACAUAUAUGGACAUACAUAACAUAUAUAUACAUACAUAUUUGCAAUAAUUUUUAACGGAAUAGUCUUUGGAAACUGGGUCUAGUCACUAUGACAACUGUAUAAUAGAUCGAGUUUGGUGCAUUUACAACAAAUACAAGUUAAUGUAUCAAAUCAAUUGACUUAUAAGAAUGCACUAUUAACAUUCUCUAUUAGUAGAGUGUUAAAUGUAUUCUUACAUAAAUUAAAACUAUAAAUUAAAAAUUAAAAAAAUGACAUUGCCUCUCAUAUGUAUAAAGAAUUGUUUAAUAUAUUUAUCAUCUCAAAUGUCCGCCUCUAAUAUUGACAUAUGUAUUUUAAGGUUUCGUUUUGAGUUUGAUUAUAAUUUACAUUAUGUAUAAUAAAUAUAAAAAUCUCUUUUGUUUUUGACAUAUAUAAAUAUAAUUGUAUAAUUAAAAUAUAUUAAUGAUUCAAUUGACAUUUAUAUAUAACUGUUCAUGUAUAGAUGUACAAUGUAUUGUGUAAAAUUUUAAAUGAUUAAUUGUAAAAUAGGAAUAUAAGAAAAUAGAAUCUCCACAAGCAAAGAACAGACUGCAUUUGUGCCUGUUUUAGAAUACUAUUAUAGAUACAUUGAAGUAUAUAUUAAUUUCUGGCUAACGUUAUAAAUGUCAAAGUUUGUAAACAUUUUUAGAUAUUUGUUAUUCAAUCAUAUUAUAAAAGGAUAUAUACAUAUAUAAAUUCAGCUUAACCGAUUUAAAUUAAAUUGAGUACAUAGUUGGACUAUAUCUUCUGGAUAGUUAGCAUCGAAUGUAUUUUUUUAUUCACUUGGGUAAAGUUGUCAAACCGUUUAGGCGUUAUUGAGUAACAUAUAUGUAUAAUGUUUUUUACUUUCACAUUUAUAACAAUGUAAUAUUAUUAGUGGAAUAACAUAGCUAGUCUACAUUUAAUAUUUACAUUUUAAUUGACAAUCUUGUUGUGACUUUUUUUAUGUUUGUUGUUUUGAUUUUUAUAAUUUUAUGAUUCCACUAGUCUUAAAUUCUAUAUUUCAAACUCACUUUUUAUUACAAUAUUGCCUAUAGUACGUCAAGUUUGGUCGUGGCACUCGUUAGGGGAGCGGGUUUUGCGGGUGACGAAGUAUAAGAUUUGACGAUAUAUGGACUAAGGAUUCCAAUCUCGGACAAAAUAAUCGGAACUGCUGAAUCAAAUUAAUUCGAGAAAUCUCAGCUCGAUUUAGGAGAAAAUCGAUGUUAAAAAGAUGAAUCUCACAAAUAUCGAUCUAUCUUUUGAUGAUUGUUUUUACCACUCUAAAAAUAAGAAAGCGGAAUGACAAUUUACUUAAAAAAAAAAAAAGAUUAAGCUACACAGUGACAUGACAAUUUUGUGGACAAGCGAAUGGCCAUCACAUAUGGGCAUGCCAGGUAAUGUGGCUGCUUUCUGUAUAACUAGCUACAUUUUUAAUAACGAUCGAUAUACACAAGAAAAAUAGAAAAUGGAGAUCUUAAAGAUUGAUCUUCGAUUAAAUCGAGACUGGGAACCUAAAUAUGGAUAGUCUACUACUGUAACGAAAAUACAGUGCACACUCUCCCCGCACUUCCCCUCACGCGGUAGUACCGCGCACGAAUUUGUCGUGCUAUAAUGCAAGUUUUCGUUGUCGCUCUUUGUUUCUGUUAUUUCUUAUUUUAUGAUAUCACUAGUCUUUGAUUCUGCAUUUUGAUACUCGUUCUUUUUUUUCAUAAAAAAUAAUUGUUUAGCUUUUGUUAAGACUCUUUUAAAUUAAGACAAGUAACGUGGUAAGGAUCUAAGUGGCUAGCGUGACUUGUGACAUUUGUGUUAGAGAAAAAAAAUGUUUAUUGCCAAUUGAAAUAUUUUUUAAAUACACAAUCGGGUUUUAACGCGAUGAACAACUUACAGGUAUAUAGUACCUAUAUACCUGCUUCUUUAUUGCCAAAAUGUCGGCAGUAAAGAAGCACUUAUAAAAAAAUAAUAUUGUAUGUAUUAUCAAUAGUAAACAAGUGCUGCAAUGCAGAAUGAGCGCUGUCGCAACAGCGCUGAAUUUCUGUACUAGCCGUGUAUGACAUCAAGAUAAUACGACUGCGUUAGCUUUUAUAUAAGAUAUAUAUCUGUUGGACUUAAUUGUACAUUCGGAAACUCAGAUUUUCAUACAAAUUUGUCUAUGUAAACGUAAAUGUAUUUGUAUCAUAAAUUUCUUGUAAAAAGUUGUAAUAAAUCUUUGUACAAUUCACACUAGGUAUUGAAUUGUUUGAACCACGUGCUUCUUUAUAUUUCUACCCCAUUAUACUUAUGUUAUAUCUACUUAUUAGUUUUUAAGUGAAAUGUUUUUAUACGUGAAGGUUUUUUUAAAAAAAUGAUACUUAAAUAUCGCAAUAAAAUAUUAGCAAAUAUAAAAA